UAUGUAUUUAUAGUCACUGUACAGUACCCUAUAUAAAAACAGGGUAUUGAAAAUAGCUUUUUGAAGCAUAAUCCAGUCCAAAUGGUUGUCCAGGUCAAACCCAGCUCACACCACUGCAGCAAGACAAUUGAGGGAACUCAGCAAAAAGUGGAAGCUAAUAUCUUAUUACUUGUGGCUGAAAAAGUCGGGAAAUCAGCGCUCACCGUCCGAUUUAUUACCAGAAGAUUUAUAGGCGAGUACGGUGAAAUAGAAUCAAUUUACAGUCAUAUUGACACAAUUGACGGGAGGGAAAUAUCCUUCAACAUAUGGGACUCGCUCUACCCACAGGACAGUGCAAUCACUGAGUCGAUAAGUGAGAAACAGCUUCAAUGGGCAGACGGCGUGAUACUGGUAUACAUGUACAGCAUCUGCGACCGCUCCAGUUUUGAGGUAGUGCGCCAACAUGUGCAGCGCAUCCGCCACGUCAGUAGGAAGAUGUCUGCAACAGCGCCCAUCAUCAUUGUUGCUGGAAACAAACGCGAUUUGCAGCACGGACGGACAGUCUCAAGUGAAGAGGGCCGACUCCUUGCUCUCUCGGAAGACUGCGUAUUUUUUUAGAUAUCCGCAGCUGAAACAUACCACGGUGUUUUGCUGGUGUUCCAUGGACUGAUAGAUCUUAUCGAAGAGUCGAGAGCUCUGCGGAAAGGUGCUGCGGGUAUUAAAAGUAUAGUGAGAAGCAUGUCAGCUGUAUUCGGGAAGAAACGUGCAGAGUAAUCUACCACAGGAUAGGCUACAUUAUGCGCAAUGGGAUUUGGUUAGUCAGAACAUGUAGGUAGCUACACCGUUGGCAAUUGAGAAACAUGGUCUAUGGCAGGUUGUAGUGCAACAGCAGGUGCGUUCUAACAACUUCAACUGGUUUUGAGAGGGAACUUAAUUGGGACGGUUUUCAGAAAGGAGAAAUUGGUUAUCUUGUAGAGUUACACGAAAGAUUGAAUUGCAGAUCGAAGCAGUCAUUCAAUAAUAUAUUCUACUUUUUGAAGUUGAAAAGUAGGCUUACAGUACUGUAGAUAAACUGUAUGAGAAAUCAUGUGCACUUCCAUCCUUCACUCAAUAUGUAUUCAAUGUGAAGCAUGAACAGGAAUCUGGAGUAGUUGACAUCUGACACUACUGUUGAUCUGAUGGAAGUCUUACCCAUUGCCAAUUGUUAGGGAAUUUCUUUUCAGUGACAAUGUACACUCAGUUUGUAAAAUGUUGAAGGCUUGAUGUGUGUAUAAUCAGCAAUGCAAAACAGCAAACAAUUACAUUUCAGUAUUAUACUUUAUCUGAAAACAAACAACUUUAAAAUUAGUAAUGUAACUAUGUUACAAGUUCUAGCAGACUUGAUGCUUAUUUGUUUGAGAAUUGUAAAUAAAUAAAUGAAUAUAUUAAUGUGAGAGAUAAUACAGUAGACGGCACGUGUCAAACGUUUGAUUUAUGACCCUAUGUCCGGAUGACGCAUGCAUGCCCAUAUUUGGGCAUCCGGUCAGGACAUCCUGGCGGGAAGUUAUCACGUGCUCUAGGGAGUGCCAAUACAGGGGGAUCAUGUCAGGACAUCCUGUUCCUGUUCUCAUGCCUUAGAGUGAGUGUUAAUUUAUGCAUAUAGUGCAUCUAUUCCUUUGAAGCUGUCACUCUUUAGUUGGUGUUUAUUUAACAAGAUAGUAUUUCUAGUAUUCUAGUAUUUCUACUUUGCACAUUCACCUACUGCAAAUCUACAAUUCCAGUGUUUUUAAUUGCUAUAUUAUAUUU